CAAUUCGCCUCCUCCUCCUCCUUCUUCCUCCGUUCCAAACCCUCGGAAGGGAACCGCUGUGCAGAAAGGAAAAGUCAUCGUUCCGGUGCGGCCAUGGACUCGUACUUCGUCGACCGCAAGGCCGUCCAGGUCGAGGAUGUCUUCCUCGACUUCCUCAAGAGCUUCACGCUGGAUCCGACCUCGAGGGAACCUCCUUACUACUCGGCGGAGAUCGACGCGAUGAAGGCCAGCGAGUCCAGCACCAUCUUCAUCGACUUCUCCCACGUCAUGCUCUUCAGCGACCUCCUCCAGUCCGCCAUCUCCGACGAGUUCUUGAGGUUCGAGCCGUACCUCAAGAAUGCGUGCAAGCGGUUCGUCAUGGAGCAGAAGCCCACCUUCAUCGCCGACGAUAAUCCCCACAAGGACAUCAACAUCGCCUUCUUCAAUCUCCCCUUCUCCAAGAGGUUAAGGGAACUGGCUACCGCAGAAAUAGGGAAGCUUGUAUCGGUAACCGGAGUGGUCACUCGCACGAGUGAAGUACGGCCGGAGCUUCUCCAGGGCACAUUCAAGUGCUUGGACUGCGGAGGUGUCAUAAGAAAUGUGGAGCAGCAAUUCAAGUAUACCGAGCCCUCGAUCUGUGUGGAUCCUACGUGCACAAAUAGAGCGAAGUGGGCAUUGCUCCGCCAAGAGAGCAAAUUCGCAGAUUGGCAGAGGGUGAGAAUGCAGGAGACCUCCAAAGAGAUACCUGCUGGAUCCCUUCCCAGAUCAAUGGAUGUGAUUCUCCGCCACGACAUAGUUGAGCAGGCUAGAGCUGGUGACACGGUUAUUUUUACCGGUACCGUCGUUGUCAUACCUGACAUAUUGGCCCUGGCUUCCCCUGGCGAGAGAGCAGAGUGCCGAAAGGAUGCUUCACAGCGCAAUCCAUCAUCUGUUGGAAAGGAAGGUGUGAGAGGUCUUCGAGCAUUAGGCGUGAGAGAUCUCUCUUAUCGGCUUGCCUUUAUUGCCAAUUCAGUGCAGAUUUUGGAUGGUAGAAGAGACAUUGACAUUAGAAAUAGGAAGAAGGGUGCUGAUGAAGAUGACAACCAGCAAUUCAUGGCUGAAGAGAUUGAUGAAAUUCAGAGAAUGAGGAAUACCCCCGAUUUCUUCAAUAAGCUUGUCAAUAGCAUUGCUCCAACAGUGUUUGGUCAUCAAGAUAUAAAGCGAGCUAUUCUCCUUAUGCUCGUCGGUGGCGUUCACAAGUUAACGCAUGAAGGCAUCAACCUGAGAGGGGAUAUCAAUGUCUGCAUUGUUGGAGAUCCUAGCUGUGCAAAAUCUCAGUUCCUCAAAUAUACUUCAAGCAUAGUUCCAAGAUCUGUAUACACAUCGGGAAAAUCUUCCUCUGCUGCUGGGUUGACUGCAACUGUUGCCAAAGAACCAGAAACAGGGGAAUUUUGUAUUGAGGCCGGUGCACUCAUGCUUGCGGACAAUGGAAUCUGUUGCAUUGAUGAAUUUGAUAAAAUGGACAUCAGGGAUCAGGUUGCUAUUCAUGAAGCAAUGGAGCAACAGACAAUAAGCAUCACAAAAGCGGGUAUUCAGGCAACUCUAAAUGCACGGACAUCAAUCCUAGCUGCCGCCAACCCAACAGGGGGCCGUUAUGACAAAUCUAAACCACUCAAGUAUAAUGUAGCUCUACCUCCUGCUAUCCUUUCGAGGUUCGAUCUGGUAUAUGUAAUGAUUGAUGACCCAGAUGAUGAGAUUGAUUACCACAUUGCCCACCAUAUUGUGAGAGUUCAUCAGAAACGUGAAGAAGCUAUUGUUCCUGCAUUUAAUACUGCCCAACUGAAACGUUACAUUGCAUAUGCAAAAACCUUGAAACCAAAGCUGAGCUCAGAAGCAAGAAAAGUGUUGGUCGAGUCUUAUGUUGCACUUCGAAGAGGAGAUACAGCUCCUGGUAGCAGAGUUGCUUACCGUAUGACUGUCAGGCAACUUGAGGCAUUGAUCAGGCUGUCUGAGGCCAUUGCUCGAAGUUAUUUGGAAACUCAGGUUCAACCACGCCAUGUUGAUGUAGCAAGGAAACUGUUGAAAACAUCUAUAAUAAGUGUGGAGUCAACUGAGAUUGAUCUAUCUGAGUUUCAAGAGGGAACUCGUGAUUUGGGCGAUAGCAGCGGUAAUGGACCUGAUGCUCCCGCCCAAGAUGAUGCUCAACCAGUAGAUGCUGCGUCGGACGCGCAGUUUAGUAAUGCAAACAGUGGAGCAAGUUCCGCUGACAAGCAACGAGAAAAGCUUGUGGUCAGUGAUGAGUAUUUCCAAAAGGUUACCCAAGCACUCAUUAUGUGCCUAAGACAGCAUGAAGAAGCUGUCAUGCGAGAAGGGGAUGGAUUGGUUGGAAUGAGGCAAAGGGACUUAAUCAUGUGGUAUGUCCAUCAGCAGUUUGAUGAAAAUAAUGAUAUCUCGGAGGAGGAAGCAGCGAGUGAAAUCAAAAAAGUCAAAACUAUCAUAGAGAGUUUGAUAAGAAGAGAAGGUUAUUUAAUAGUUUUGGACGAUGGUGUUCAGGCUGCCACAGAGGGCGAAGGUGCUAGACAGGCUGUUAAUCGAAACGACAGAAUUUUGGCCGUGGCCCCUAACUAUGACCAUGCUGCUCUCUAACUAGAGACUAGAUGAACGGCACAAUGCCUCCCUUAAUAUCACAGCAAAUCUGCUAUCUGUAUAUUUGCAAAUUGUGGACUGGUGCUAGCCGGAACAGUGAAAGACAAAUUGCCUGCUUUAUUUUGUCCAACAUAUAGAUGCUGGAUUGGGUUAUAUAGACUGGAGGCCAACGCUUGAUGUAUUGAUCUAUGCUCCUUGGGUUCUUGUUUGUUGCUUUUAGUAACUACUACAGAAUUAAGUGACAUCGCCACAAAGAAGCAAGAGCCCACCUGUAGCACCUGGUCUUGAUCAUCAUUAAAUGUACUAUAAACUUCUUUGUUGCUAUGGAAAGCAGGAACCUUUAUCCC